AUGGGUCGUGAUAUCGAGGUCGAGUUUACGAGGGGUUACCGCAAAACUCCUGCUGAAAUGCGUCUUAAAGAAAGGCGCGAUGAUAAGCACCGAGGCGGCAGACGGUAUCGAUCCCGGUCGCGAUCAAGUCGUAGAUCCAAUUCCAGACAGAAAGGUGUGGAGCCUUAUUAUCGAGGCCGACCCAAUGACCGCCGAGAUGAUUCACGAAGACGAGUGAACAACGUCCGUCCUAAUAGAUCAGCGUCCAGGUCACGAUCACCCACCAGAUCCCGAUCGGCAAGUCACGAUGGAAUGGACAAUGGUGAUGAAGUACGUAAAGGGAGUCGGCGCAAUGACCGCAGGGAUAACGGUGCUGUCUCUCGAAGUCCCACUCACAGACGCGGUUCUGUGUCACGAUCCCGCUCCGGUUCAUAUUGA